GAGUGUGUCCAGUCACCGGGAGUCGUCCAGGCAGUACCGGGCACGGCAGCCCCGGACGGGAGGAUUGGCCGUCCGGCUGGGCACAGGGCACGGUAAAUCGGGCUGCACGGCUCGGGGCACCAUGGGCCCCCUCGGCGUGCUGCCCGCCCUGGCCUGGCUGCUGGCGGGGCUGAGCGUGCCAGCGCCGAGCCGGGCCCAGCUGCACGGCGAGAAGGGCAUCUCCAUCCCCGACCACGGCUUCUGCCAGCCCAUCUCCAUCCCGCUCUGCACCGACAUCGCCUACAACCAGACCAUAAUGCCCAACCUGCUGGGUCACACCAACCAGGAGGACGCGGGGCUGGAGGUCCACCAGUUCUACCCGCUGGUGAAGGUUCAGUGCUCGCUGGAGUUGAAGUUCUUCCUGUGCUCCAUGUACGCGCCGGUUUGCACGGUACUGGAGCAGGCCAUCCCACCGUGCCGCUCCAUCUGCGAGCGGGCACGCCAGGGCUGCGAGGCCCUCAUGAACAAAUUCGGGUUCCAGUGGCCGGAGCGGUUGCGUUGUGAGAACUUCCCCCGGCACGGCGCCGAGCAGAUCUGUGUGGGGCAGAACCACUCGGAGGAUGGCAGCUCCCCAGCGCUGCUGACCAGUGCCACGCCACUGGCCGGCCAGGGCACCCCCGGCGCCCCUCGCUACGCCACCCUCGACCACCCCUUCCACUGCCCACGGGCGCUGAAGGUGCCCAGCUACCUCAACUACAAGUUCCUGGGGGAGAAGGACUGCGCGGCGCCCUGCGAGCCCACCCGGCCCGACGGCCACAUGUUCUUCAACGAGGACGAGAUUCGCUUCGCCCGCAUCUGGAUCCUCAUCUGGUCCGUCCUGUGCUGCGCCUCCACCUUCUUCACUGUCACCACCUACCUGGUGGACAUGCAGCGCUUCCGCUACCCCGAGCGACCCAUCAUCUUCCUCUCGGGCUGCUACACCAUGGUGUCGGUGGCCUACAUCGCUGGCUUCGUGCUGGAGGAGAGGGUGGUCUGCAACGAGCGCUUCCAGGAGGACGGCUAUCGCACUGUGGUGCAGGGCACCAAGAAGGAGGGCUGCACCAUCCUCUUCAUGAUGCUCUACUUCUUCAGCAUGGCCAGCUCCAUCUGGUGGGUCAUCCUCUCCCUCACCUGGUUCCUGGCUGCCGGCAUGAAAUGGGGCCACGAGGCCAUUGAGGCCAACUCCCAGUACUUCCACUUGGCCGCCUGGGCAGUGCCAGCGGUCAAGACCAUCACCAUCCUGGCCAUGGGGCAGAUUGAUGGGGACCUGCUGAGCGGCGUCUGCUUUGUGGGCCUCAACAACAUUGACCCUCUGCGAGGCUUCGUGCUGGCCCCACUCUUCGUCUACCUCUUCAUAGGCACCUCCUUCCUCCUGGCCGGUUUCGUCUCCCUCUUCCGCAUCCGCACCAUCAUGAAGCACGGCGGCACCAAGACGGAGAAGCUGGAGCGGCUCAUGGUUCGCAUCGGGGUCUUCAGCGUGCUCUACACCGUCCCGGCCACCAUCGUCAUCGCCUGCUACUUCUACGAGCAGGCCUUCCGCGAGCACUGGGAGCGCAGCUGGAUCAGCCAGAACUGCAAGAGCUUGGCCAUCCCCUGCCCGCUGCACUUCACCCCCCGCAUGACCCCCGACUUCACCGUCUACAUGAUCAAGUAUCUCAUGACUCUGAUCGUGGGCAUCACCUCUGGGUUUUGGAUAUGGUCGGGCAAAACCCUGCACUCCUGGAGGAAGUUCUACACUCGGCUCACCAACAGCAAGCAGGGCGAGACCACGGUGUGACCCCCCUGGCCCCGCCGCCCUUCGGCCUGAAAUAUUUUUUUGGGGGGGGUGGGGGGGGAGGAGUUAUUAUAUAUUUUUUAUUUUUAGAUUUAUUAACGUCUAAGGGGUGUCUCUCUUUCUCUUUGAAUUUUUUUUUUUUUUUGUAAUUAAACCUGUAAAUAGCAUUUGUAAAUUUAAGUAUAUAUUUCUAUUUAAAAAUGUGAAAAAAGAGAGGGAGAAAAUAGGAGGAGAGGGAGGGAGAAAUAGGAGAAAAAGGAAGGGAGAAGAGGGGAGGAAAAAGGACAAAAAGGGGAAAAAUAGUGGAAAAAGGAGGAAAAAAAUGGGAAAGAAAAACGGAAAGGAAGGAAAAAAGGAGACGAGGGAAAAAUGAGCAGCAAGGGGUGAAAAAAGGAGAAAAGCAAGGAAAAAAGGGGAAAAUGAGAGAAAAAGGAGGAAAGGGAGGAAAAAAGUGGGAGAGAAGAGGAAAACAGGAAAAAGGGGAGAAAAACAGAAAAGGGCAGAAAAAAGGAGAAAAGGGAAGAAAAAUUAGAAAAAGGAGAAAAAACAGGAGAAGGAGAGAAAAAGAUAAAAAAAGAGGGGAAAAGAAGAAAAGGAGAUUUAAAAAAACAAGGAGAGAAAAAGGAUUAGGAAAAGAGAGAAAGAGGUGGGAAAAGGGAGAAAAAAAGAGGAGAAAAAGGGGAAAAACACUGCCAAGCCUGGGAGAGGACCCUCGGCCCUCUGCUCCCCCCUUCCUGCUCCAUCCCGGCUCCCUCCAGCCCUGCUCUGCUGGCCCCUGGAAAAAAGGGAGAAAAAAGGCAAAAAACCCCAAAACCAAGCCCAUUUUUCUCACUCUCCUUUCAAAACUCCCCAAGAAAGUGGAUUUUUUCUUCCCCACCCCUUUGCUCCCACGAGACCCUGGGCUGGGGCUGCCACCCCCCGGGGCUCUCCCUGGGCCCCCCUGCUUGGCUGAUGAUUUUUCCUCCCAAAUCCCUUUUUGAACAAUCCUUCACAAAUACAAACGAGUCAAAAAAUG